AUGGAAAUUACCGAAACGGAGGAAAAUUGUAUUCUAAAACAUCGUAAUUGUGAAAGAAUCAAAGAAGUUAUGAAAAAAAAUCUCAAAGAUGAAAAGAGAAAAACUUUGGAAGCGGAAGGGGAAAAUGUUACUAAUACUAAUAUUAUAGAUGUGGAGAAAGCUACGGAAACGAAAAUGAAAACGAUAAAAGUGAAAAAGAUGAAAGCGGAAGAUAAGGUGCUGAUCAAUAUACUUGAAACCGGAGCUCUUAAUUAUUUUAUUUACUCUCAUCGUAAGGAUUAUAAAGGGAACAAAGAGAACGACAAGCCAAAAGUGCCAAAAGUGAAAUAUGUAUUUGACAUUAAUAAAGUUCAUAAAAAAUGCUGA